UCCACGAUCGAGACCAAGUACCGGCUGCAGCUAUGAUUUCCCAUGAUGCCUUUUUCCAAACACGUUUUCCCUAACCAUUUUCCAGUAUUCAGCUUUUGGCGUUCUGAGUUGGUGUCAUGGCGGUCGCACAAGCACCAAACACAAAUAUGGCGAUAGUUCCAAUGCAAACUAAUGUUGUUGUUACUCAACAACAACAAACUUAUGCUCACACAACUAUGGAAGAUUUAAAUACAAUAACUGCACUUGUGCCUGCUGAUGAAGUAGGACCCCCUCCUGCUAAAAAAGGUCGAGAAUCAACUGGAAAAUGGAAAGGGUACGACAGCAAGCGAGUCUUCAAGAAAGAAUGGGAAGAACGUUAUGCAUGGGUCACGGCUGUUCCCGAGGAUCCAACUCUUGCAUACUGCAAAAUUUGUGGGAAGAAAAUCAGAGCUCACAAAGGAGAUAUAGAAAAACAUCAAAAAACGAAAAGACACUUGAAAAAACAGACAACAUCAGAUAUCUUAGCUGACUUAAUACCUAUCUCAUGUGGUGAGUCAGAUCUUGCAAUAAAUGAAAACUUAGAUGGAACCAAAAAUAAUGACAUUGAAAGCAAUGGUGAUGCAAGAGUUGUACCCCCACAGGCACAAGUUGCUGAUGGCCAGCAACAGAUCAUCUACUUCACAGAAUCUGCUGUUGAUUCAGCUCAUCAAGCUGCAAACAGUGUCAUUGACAAACUUGUUGAAAAAUACCAUCAGAGAAGAUUGGACAACCUAAAAAUAGAGCACGAAGCCAUUCUUCAACUGUACAAAGAUCAGUUACUUCUAUCACAGAGAGAGACUCAAUCAAAAGUAGAGGCAGAUUCAGAAAAAGCUCAGUACGAGAGAGACGAGCACGAGGCUAGGUUAAGAUUCAUGCAAGAAGAACACAACGCUAGGUUAAAGGCCAUCGAGGAAGAACAUAAUGCUAAAUUGAGGGCCAUUGAACAAGAAUUAGUGUUUUCACAGCAAGAAUACGAGAAGAAAAUGCGCUUGCUAGAUGUACAGUUAUCAUCGAUGAAGUAGCCUCAUUUGUUGUUGCCAUAUUAUGUAUACAUUUUACAGACGACUGACAGUUCACCAAUAUUUGGUGGCAUACAUUUUGUACAAAAGAUAAACCAUAUUUCCAUUAAGAUAAUGGAGAAGAUAUCAUUGGAGCUUAAACUUUCAUGAAAAAUAAUGUAUCUUGCCCCUUCUUUUAUUCAUGGUUUCUCAUUGCUAUCAUACAGUCAUUCUCCUUACAACAAAAUGUGAUUGCAUUUAUUUAACAGAGGCUAUUCAGACUUAUCUCCUUUUUUUAAAAAAAAAAAUAACGAUGACUCAAAUCAGUUAUAUUUUCAACAUAAAAUAUUUUUAAAUAUUCUUUUCUUUAAAAUUUUAUCACUGGCAGUAUAUAUCAAGCUUUCAGUUGAUAAUGUUGCUUUCUUUAAAUUUAAGUCUUGACUAAAUGUAGUUCUGAAGUGUUACAUUUAUAAAUUUUUUUUAUUUUUUAUGAAUUGGUUAAUUAGUAUUCAGUUAAUGUUUCAGUUUAUAACGCUUACAUAAUUGUAAGAGUAUUUUAUUUAUUGCAAUCUCACAUAGGUUUAAAUUUAAAUAAUAUUGUGUUUGUAUUAUUAACUUUUUGUAUUAGAACUUUUUUAUUUUCAAAUAAAAUAAAAAGUUCUGACUUUUUAAAAUUAUUAAUUUACAACUAAUUUUUUUUUAAAAAAAUGUGACAUGGGCAUUAAGAGAUUAAUAUUUAUUUAUCAUAAUUGACUAUUUUAUUUAAUAAAAUGAAAAAUUUAUAUCUUAUCCUAAGUAUUGGACAUUUUUUCAUUGUUUUGCUUUUUUAUUCUCCGUUGCUUACCCAGAAACAGUAUAAUCUUGGUCCUUCAAAAACCUUUUAAGUGAAUGAUGGAUAUGAAAGUAUUGUUAUUUUACCUGAAUUGUGUCUAAAAUUCUCUCAAAGUUAUGUUCCUUGCCUCUAUUAAUAGAUAAAAGUAUAUUUGUAUACUUUUAUCUCUUCAGCUUAUAUUCCCAAAACUUUUUGGUUUUGUGUGAACAUAUUUAUCAAAAAAGCAAUUACUUAAUUCUUUCAAUAUUUCCAGUUUUGUUUUGUGACCUCAAUAAUUAUAAAUUAUUUUUAGUGCUCUCUAAAUAUUUUAAGUUAUUUUCAAAAAGCAAUAAUUAAUGAUACAGAAUGUCUAAUACAUAAUUGAAUCAUGAUUUUAAUGUAAACAAACAGCAUUCAAAGAAAUUAUUUUGCUAUUAAUUUAGAAUAAGCAACAAAAAAAAAAUCUUAAGAGUUGUAUUAUAUUAGUAAAGCAUAUUAAAUUAACUUUAUACAAUCUUACUUAGUAUGUAGGUAAUAGUUUUUUGCCAGUCUUUAAUUGUAUCUUUUAGUUAAUUGAAAUUUAUUUUAAAAAAAUUCUGAAUUUGCCCUUCUUUCAUUUUGUUGUAUACAUUUUUUUUAUUAUUUUUGUUUUAUUGCAUAUUAUUGUUCUUAACCUCAAAAAUGUAUUAAAUCUAUCUAAGUUUUAGUUGCAAAAAUCAUUUAAAAAAGUAUACAUUACAAUUUAACAGUUUUACUUUCAAUUGUUUAGAAACUUUUUAAUUUAUUCUUAUUGAAAAUAUUCUUUCAUUUAAAUUUACCUUUAGAAAACUUGUUAAACACAAAUUUAUAUUAUAUUUUCGCUUAAAUCUUCUGUUAAAGCAAUACAUAACUGUUCAUUUAAAAAAAAAACUUUUUUUUGUAUAUAGUUUUUCCUUUUAAUUAUACUUAUUGAUUUUUCUGUGCAAUUUUAUUUCAAGUGUAAAAAGUUUUCAUUAAGAAUUAAUUAUUCUCACCAUUUUUUUUAGAUAUAGAUUUUUAUUCAUAAUUCACUGAAUGCUUCAUUAAAAUGCUUUACUGUAUUUUUCUUUGCAUAAGUUUAUCUUGGAUUUCUAUUAGAUUAAUAUUUGUCUUAUUUCUACCUGAUUUAGAGUAUCUUAAUUGCUAUUUUACUAGUUUUAAUUAUAUGUACUGAAAUUUCUCUAACUCAAAUUUGAUUUUGAGUGUCAAAAAAUAUGAAUUAAUCUGUUACAUUUUUAUUGAGUGUUCAGCCUUAAAAUUCCUGAAAAAUUCUUUUCCUACUUUUUAGCAAGUGUGACAUUUGUUAUGUGAGGUAAUGAGCUAAACGAUCUCGCUUCAUUUAAUCAAAUAAGUAUAAGAAAAAAUAAUUUAAAUCAGUAGAAAUAUCAAAAUGCAAUGAUGCAUUACUAUUCACAGCAAUCAUAAUUGUGCAAAUAACUGAAGUAUGUUUUGAGCUGCAAUUUUGAUUGCUGUAGAUAUUUUCGAUUUUAAGGCUGAACAACCAGUAUUUGUUCUUAGGAGAAUGGCUGUCUUUACUGACCCCUCUUUAUUUCUUAGUGCAUCAUUGUAUGCUGAUAUUUCUCAAUGUUCUUGUCAGCAGACUGAGAGUUAAGUUUGAAGCGAGAGUGAUAGACAUUACCUUCACGAAUAUGUUGCACUUUCUAAAAAGCCGGAAAAGAAAUAAAGCCUAUUCUUGUUUAUGUUGUUUCAAACUUUUAUAUUAUGUUUUUAUUUCCAUUUAUUUAUGACAUAAAACUUAAGAGUUAGUAUUUAAGUUUAAAUAUGUAUGUAUAUCAAUUGUCCUUUUUCUUAUGUGUUCUAAUAGUCAGCUUAAAAUAUUAGUUUCUUUCUCCUUUAAAAAAAAGAAAAAAAUUCCUUUAACUAUUUUUAAGUGUAAAUAAUAAUAAUAAAAAAUGUUGAAGGAAUAAGGUAAUAUGUUCACUAUUUUAGAAAAAUAUCUUUUUUUAAAAAUAUAAUUUAGAGUAUAAACCAGAUUAUUUUUUAUUGAUAAAAUAAAGUUUGUAAUGUGAACAUUCUUGUAAUAUAUGUAUUGUAAUUUUUUUAAUGUUAUUAUUAUUUAUUCACAAGCAUGAACUUAGAAAAUAUUGUUUAAUAUAAUUUCUUAUUUUUUUUUUGUCUUAGAAGAAAGAAGACAAUAUAUUUUAUAAUCAAAAUAUAAUUAACCUGAUAAUAUAGUGAAUAAAACUAGAGCCAGUUGGUAUUUAGCAAAUAUUAGAAAUAUUUCUUUUUUGACCUUAUGUUUUGUUUGAUUUUUUUUCUAUAAUUUGACUGUUGCCUUAUCAAUAGUUUAAUUCUUAAGUGCACCUAAAUAUUUAUUCCCCCCCCUCAAUUUAUAGAAAGAAUUUUCGUCCGCAUUUUUUUUAAAAAAUGUUAUAAGUUCUAAUAACUAUAUAGCUUUAGUAAUUAUCUAAUUAAAUACAUGUAGCUUUCUCAGUAUUUUAUUUCCUACGAAAAAGUUAUUUGAAGAUUAAAAAGAAACAUUAUAACUAUUAUUUUUUAAAGCUUUUCAUUAGUUUAUUCUAGUUUGGCAGCCACUGAUAAUCAUUCGCAAAGAAAAGUUUCUAUUACACAAUCUGUUAUUUCUGACUAGCUUUGCCUAUUGAUGACAAAUUUCUAUUUUAUGAAAUACCUAAAAUAAAUUGUUUCAUGCAUUAUGUUCUUGGCCUACAAAUACUUGAACUAUGCUAAUUACCUGUUCUGUAAUACUCUGGUUCACUAAAUAAAACCACUAUUUUUUUGCAUUGUUUCA